UGCUCAUUUGUCCGUAGCACCUUUUACCGGAAGUGGACUGUCAUUCUGGCUGUGUCCUUGUAAGCUAACGAGCUAGUUAACUAGCUGCCAUAGCAUGCAAGCAAAUGUGUACCAUCUGGAAAGAUGAAUUGAACCGUGCCUGAAGAGUGAAUUUAAGAGAGAACAGAGUUUACCCGCUGUUUCUAACAGCGCCAUGUUGCGUGUCGGGAGUAAAGCUGCCUGCAUGGCAUGCAGGAACCUGGUCUCCACCAACAUGGGGGUGAGAUUUCGGGUACCACUGCAGAAGCUACACCCUCUGUCCCGUGCCAUCCAUCAUCGCUACUCGGGCAACUCCAACCCUCAGCGAGCCCCUCAUCGCACGGCAGCCCGAUAUUUCACCUCCAUGUCGCGGUUGCCCAUGCGGCCUCCAAAGCCUCCCCCAGGGUCAGGGGGGCGUAGCUAUCAGCAGCAGCGCGGGUUCUGGGUGGCUCGCCUCGCUGCUCGGCUGCUGAAGCUCCGCUACAUUUUGCUGGGUUCGGCAGUGGGAGGAGGCUACACAGCUAAAAAGACCUAUGAUGAGUGGAAGGACAUGCUGCCGGAUUUUAGUGAAUACAACUGGGUCAUUCCUGAUUUUGUCUGGGAACUGAGUGAACAAAUUGAUCUUGAUAAAUUGGCCAAAGCUCUACCAGAGAUGGAGGAAAUAGCCAAGCUGCUACCUGACCUAGACAAGAUAGGAGAGAACUUCACUUUCCUUAAAAGCCUCCUGUCCUCUGGUGUGAGUUUGGGUAGUGAAGUCAAAGGAGCUUCUGGUCUGCAUCUGUUGUUAGAAACCUCAGGUGAUCCUCCCCUAAAAGCCACAGAUUCCUCUACUGCAGCCACACAAGAUGCCAGUGACAAGCAAUACAAAAAGGGUCUGCUUGGCGAGCUCAUUCUUAUUCAGCAGCAGAUCCAGCGGCACGAGGAGGAGGUCCGGCGGGCCGCUGCAGCCAAUAAUGCGCGUCCCCCACCGCCAGAGCCUGCUCCCAGUCCGCCUCCGAACCCCAGCCCCCCUCAGCAGAAACGCAAGUCAUCAGACAAAGAAAAGAUAGACCAGCUCCAAGAGGAUCUGCUCCGUACACAGCUAAAAUAUCAGCGCAUGCUGGAGAGACUGGAGAAGGAGAAUAAAGAGUUAAGGAAAGUGGUGCUGCAAAAAGAUGAUAAGGGCAUUCACCAAAGAAAAGUGAAGAAAUCCCUUAUUGACUUGUAUUCUGAAGUCCUGGACAUCUUGUCUGACUACGAUUCAAACUACAACACCCAGGACCACUUGCCAAGGGUGGUUGUGGUUGGGGAUCAGAGUGCUGGGAAGACCAGUGUGCUGGAGAUGAUAGCCCAGGCCAGGAUCUUCCCCAGAGGCUCAGGAGAGAUGAUGACCCGCUCUCCUGUCAAGGUAACACUAAGCGAAGGCCCCCACCAUGUAGCCAUGUUUAAAGACAGUGGUCGAGAGUUUGACCUCACCAAGGAGGAGGAUCUGGCUGCUCUGAGGCACGAAAUUGAACUGAGGAUGAGGAAGAGUGUGAGGGAGGGACAGACAGUCAGCACUGAGACAAUAUCCUUAAGUGUUAAAGGCCCCGGCAUCCAGAGGAUGGUGCUUGUUGACUUACCAGGUGUCAUCAGUACGGUGACUGCAGGAAUGGCAUCAGAUACUAAAGAAACCAUCUUCAGCAUCAGUAAGGCCUACAUGCAGAACCCCAAUGCAAUCAUCCUCUGCAUUCAAGAUGGCAGUGUGGAUGCAGAGCGGAGCAUUGUAACAGACUUGGUUAGUCAGAUGGACCCCCAGGGGAAGAGGACCAUCUUUGUCCUGACUAAGGUGGACUUGGCUGAGAAAAACCUGGCCAGCCCGAGCAGAAUCCAACAAAUAGUGGAAGGCAAGCUGUUUCCCAUGAAGGCCCUGGGUUACUUUGCUGUAGUCACAGGAAAAGGGAGCAGCGGUGAAAGCAUUGACUCUAUCAAAGACUAUGAGGAAGACUUCUUCCAAAACUCCAGAUUACUGAGGGACGGAAUGCUGAAGGCCCACCAGGUGACCACAAAGAACUUGAGUCUAGCCGUCUCUGAUUGCUUCUGGAAGAUGGUUAGGGAAUCUGUUGAGCAGCAGGCGGAUGUCUUCAAAGCAUCUCGUUUCAACCUGGAGACGGAAUGGAAGAACAACUACCCUCGUCUGAGAGAGCUGGACAGGAAUGAACUCUAUGAAAAGGCCAAAAAUGAAAUCUUGGAUGAAGUCAUUAGUUUGAGUCAAGUGACCCCACAACACUGGGAGUCCAUCUUGCAGAAGAAGCUGUGGGAACGAGUUUCCACCCACGUGAUUGAGAACAUCUACCUGCCUGCUGCUCAAACAAUGGACUCUGGUACCUUUAACACCACUGUGGACAUUAAGCUCAAGCAGUGGACCGACAAGCAGCUUCCACACAAAGCACUAGAGGUUGCCUGGGAGACACUGCAGGAAGAGUUUGCCCGCUUCAUGGCUGAAUACAAAGGCAAAGACCAGGACGACAUUUUUGACAAGUUGAAGGAGGCCGUAAAGGAUGAGAGCAUCAAGAGGCACAAGUGGAAUGAGAGGGCCAUGGACAGCCUGAGGGUGAUCCAACAUAAUGCCCUAGAGGACCGUUCCAUCACAGACAAGCCCCAGUGGGACGCAGCCAUCCAGUUCAUGGAGGAAACCCUGCAGUCACGCCUCAAAGACACUGAGUCAGUAAUCAGAGAUAUGGUGGGUCCAGACUGGAAACAGAGGUGGUGGAACUGGAAGAAUCGCACACCAGAACAGCACAUUCGUAAUGAAACAAAAAAUGAACUGGAGCGCUUGCUGAAGCUACACGAUGACCACACAGCCUACUUGGCCAAUGAUGAGGUCACUACAGUCAGGAAGAAUCUGGAGGGACGAGGGGUUGAAGUUGACCCUGUGCUGAUCAAGGACACGUGGCACCAGCUCUAUCGCCGACACUUCUUGCAGAAUGCUCUGUCCCACUGUAACCUCUGCAAAAGAGGAUUCUACUACUACCAGAGACACUUUGUUGACUCUGAACUGGAGUGCAAUGACGUGGUACUGUUUUGGAGGAUCCAGAGGAUGCUGGUCAUCACAGCCAACACUCUCCGACAGCAGCUCACCAACACUGAGGUGCGUCGCUUGGAGAAAAAUGUGAAGGAGGUGCUGGAUGACUUCGGGGAGGACAUGGAGAGGAAGAGCCACCUCAUCACAGGGCGCCGGGUCCAGCUGGCUGAGGAUCUCAAGAAAGUUCGUGAGAUCCAGGAGAAACUUGAAGCCUUCAUAGAAGCUCUUCACAAGGAGAAAUAAGAGAAGCAGAUUCAUGGAUCACAACAGAGAAAUGCACUGAACAAAGCGACUAAAUCUGUAAAUGACCGUCAUCACCCCCCUGGCCCUGCCGCACCACUCACCUGAUUUUAAAAUCCAUCGCUUGGCUCCCUGUCCCGCUUUUGACGCUGAUGGAAACAUGGACCUUAACCAAGAGACAAGAUGGAGGAACAGUUUCAAGCUUUUCAAACUGUCCUGGGCUUCACAGUGGGACUCGUGCACAGGAGGCCAAACACGAUCAGAGCUGGAGGGAAAUGAGAAGCUUGCACACCUGACCUCUCAUUUUCAAUAAAUGAGACUCUAUGUUCUCACAUGUUUUUUGCCCCAGUUUUUUUUUUUUUUUUUUUUUUCCUUUCUUAAGCUGAUGGUGUUUGUUUUUAUGUGAUUUAAGAAGUGUGCAUCUUCACUGAUCUCUGUGAAAAGAAACACCACUGGCACUCUUCCUGGUGGGUGAAAUAGGUUAGAGUUUCAUACCUUAAUCUCGCCUGGUGCUCCUAAAUUACGCCAUGACAUCACCUCAAGUUCUUUUUUUUGUUGCACUUAGGGUCCCAAAGCACUUAAGUUAUCUCUCCAGGUUGCAGCUGUACUCUGCAUUUCCCCUGAAUGAGAUGUGUUCUCACCUUGGUUCAUUAUGCAGCUUCCCUCCAGUCAACACUCUUCCUUCUUCAUUUACCAGAUACAAUUGAAGGUGUUGGAAACAAUAUUAUGAAUAGAUUUAUUUCUUAUUUUUUCAGUGGAAUGGAGUUUAUUUGACAAUUUCAUUUGCCAAAUGCACAUUGCUUACUUUUUGUUUAUUUCUUUGUCUGUGUGUGAUGUUUGCACUUCCAUUGUUAUACAUUAACAUUUCAUCUGUACUGUCCCUGUGUUGCAACUGACAGAUAAUAAAGCAACAUCCAAAACAGAAAUAGAUACAAAAAAUAUGAUUAGACAUUCAAGAAAUCUAGAGAUGACUUAGACACAUUAUUGAAUUAAAGUGCUGCUGUUUUUUAACUGAUUAUGUGCUAAUAAUUUGGACUUCGUCUCUCAUCCGCCAUAUAACACCAUCAAUAAAAAAAAAAAAAAGGUCUGUCAUAGUAAUAUUUUAAAAAUACACGAAGAACCAGUUUAGAUUAAAAUAAUUUGUCUUGUAAAGCUAUGACACUCUAUCUCUAUUUUCGGACCUGUGCUUUAGUCUUUCCCAGUUCCAUCAGUUCUGUGUGGGUAGGUGGGUUUUCUCAAUUAAUCUGCACCAGGUUCAACCUCCAUCUGUUUAUUUGGUCAGUUAUGUCCAUGUCCACUUCUCUUGUCCUGUAUGGGUACAUCUAAAUGAGCAGGAAUUGUCCUCCAAAGCUCAGUAAAAAGGAAAAUAUCGUACACGCUGGUAGGUAAUUUUAAAUUUCCGUCUUGGAGUCACUUUCCGGGGCCAGACUGUCUGGGUUUUCGCACUGCUCCCAAUCUUGUGCUUCUUCCUCAUUCUGAUCUCAUAUCCACUCUCUCUGCACCUGCAUCGCCAUCAUUUGGACUCUUUCCCUCACCCAUGAAGACCUAACCUCACUCCUCUCAGCUUGAAAAACAGUCUGAUGUUUGACUGAAAGGCGAGUGAGAGACUGCGUUAGCUCAAACUUUUCUUUCAUGUGUAUAUGGGUAUAAAUAUAUAGUAUCCUGUCCAUUCUGUACAGGUAAAGUUAAUGGAAAGUCAUGGUGAUGCUAUCAUGUACAGCACCGCGUAUGCAGAGUGACACACUUGUGUAUCAGAAAAUUGGUGAGUUGGAUAAAAACAAAUGUUUUAUGUUGUAGAAAGUAAUGUUUGCAUGGUGUACCCCAUCAGAUGUGCUUUAUUUAUUAAAUUUGUGUUUAAAAGAAAAAAGUGGAAAUAAAAAUUGACAAAUAAAAAUGAGUUUUUUUCAUGA